AUGGUCCUGCGCAGACAUAAAACCCUGUCCAACGUGGUGACGGGGCCACCCCUGGGGACCAUCCUCAGCAUCCCGAUGGAGCUCUGCCUCAGCACUGGCUUUGCUGAGGCACGUUGGCUCUCCCUCCUCUUUCUGGCCGCACUGAGUGUUCCCUCACUGCCAAAAUCCCUGCCCGCAGCGUAUGGUGACAAUGAAGGGACUCAGGAGGGCACAGGCCUGAUUCAGUGUGGGGAGUACAGCAACCAGGUGCUGCCCAAUGGCCGCUGCAAGAUCGUGGCCACGCUGCCCCAGGGGGAUGAGCAGCGGUGCCCAGACAUGUUUCGCUGUACCGACGAGGUGUCCUAUUGGCUCCACGAGAAUGAGGAACGCAAGCAGCAGAUCCUGGAGCUGCGGGAGCUGAUCUCGGAGCUGCAGGAAGAGCUGAGAAACCACCGGCAUCGCAUCAAGGUCCUGGAGCUCCAGCAUGAAGAGGCAGCUGGGAGGAACCACAGCCUGGAGCAGCGGGUACAGGACCUGGAGCAGAGGUACAGCGAGGCCAGCACCCUGCAGCACAUCCAGGCCACGCUGCUCUACGACAUGCAGGCACAGAUCAACAACAUCUCCGUGCUGACCGACUGGGUCUGGCGCAACCCCACCUGCCUCAACCCUGCUGAGAUGAGGCUGCAGGAGGAGAUGGAGCGGCCAGAUAUGAGGCACGUCAGGAACUGCCCCAUUGACUGCGCUUCUGUUUACUACAACGGGCUCCGUCGAUCUGGGAUCUACAGCAUCAUGCCCUCUGUUGGAGGGAUGCCCAUCGAAGUGCUGUGUGACAUGGACACUGAAGGUGGGGGCUGGACUGUCAUCCAGAAGCGUCAGGAUGGCUCAGUUGACUUCAACAGGACCUGGAAUGAAUAUAGGGAGGGCUUUGGGGAUCUGAAUGGUGAAUUCUGGCUGGGCAAUGAGAACAUCCACAAGAUAACGAGCCAAGGAGACUACUCUCUGCGUAUUGACAUGGAGGACUGGAACAGCAAGCACAAGCAUGCCUUCUACCAGAUCUUCAGCAUUGAGGACGAGGCCAACUCUUACCGCCUGCACGUGGAUGGGUUCAGCGGGACGGUGGAGGAUUCCUUUGCCUGGUACCACAACAAGAGGAGCUUCAGCACGCCCGACUCAGGGAACAUCUGUGCUGAGAUCUCCCACGGGGGCUGGUGGUACCACCAGUGCUUCUUCUCCAACCUCAAUGGGGUGUACUACAAGGGUGGCCGAUACUCCAUUAAGAACCGCAAGAUCCUCGGGCCGGACGGCGUUGUGUGGUACUCGUGGAAGGACACAGACUACUACUCCCUGAGGAAGGUGGUCAUGAUGAUUCGACCACGCACUUUCCGGCCCCACAUCUCCCCAUGA